AUGCAUUGGGAAAGCAUGAAGGCGACGUUGCAUCUUGAAGACGGGUCUGCGUUCGUAGGUUCUAUCUAUGGAGCAACGAAGAGCGUAGUUGGAGAAAUCGUAUUCCAAACCGGAAUGGUUGGAUACGUGGAAUCGCUCACCGACCCCUCCUAUGCCAAACAACUCCUCACUCUCACCUAUCCACUCAUCGGUAAUUACGGAGUACCAUCGACGGAAAUCCUCGACAAAUUCGGUCUUCCCGCCGAAUUCGAGUCGGAUCGAGUUUGGCCGGCAGCGCUGAUCGUCGAGAAGUUGUGUGUCGAUGGGGAGCAUAGCCACUGGCAAGCUGUACAAUCGCUCUCGGAAUGGUUGAGAAAAGCCGAUGUUCCAUGUCUCUCGGGUAUUGAUGUUAGACAAUUGGUGAAGAAAAUUCGAGAGACCGGAAGUAUGAAGGCCAAACUAGUCAUCGAAUCUGACAAUUCUCAAAAUUUUGAUUUCGUCGAUGUCAAUGCAGAGAAUUUGGUGGAUUUCGUGUCGAGAAAGGAGCCAGUGACCUAUGGAUCUGGAGAUCAAACGAUUCUCGCUGUAGACUGUGGCCUGAAGAACAAUCAAAUUCGAUGUCUGGCUAAGCGAGGAUUCAAAGUGAAAGUGGUGCCGUGGAAUCAUCCAAUCGAUACUGAAAGAGACUAUGAUGGGCUCUUCUUGUCAAACGGUCCAGGAGAUCCAGAAGUUUGUGAGCAACUUGUUGAUAGACUCGCCAAAGUGAUUGCUCGUGGAGACAAACCAAUCUUCGGUAUCUGUCUUGGACAUCAAAUUAUUUCAAGAGCCAUCGGAGCGAAGACGUACAAACUGAAAUACGGAAAUCGUGGUCACAAUCAGCCAUGCACUCACUAUGCCACCGGUCGCUGUUAUAUCACUUCUCAAAAUCAUGGAUAUGCAGUGGACACGACAACUCUCCCAGCUGAUUGGAAAUCCCUGUUCACAAAUGAGAACGAUAAGACUAACGAGGGAAUCGUGCAUGCCUCCAAACCAUUCUUCAGUGUGCAAUUCCAUCCAGAACACACCGCUGGACCGACGGAUUGCGAGUUUCUCUUCGAUGUUUUUGCCGAUUCGGUGAGACAAGCGAAGAAUGGAAUCUUCAUGAAUGUCGAUCAAGAGCUCACCCGUCUCAUGACAUUCAAUCCAGCCUAUCACGCGAAGGAGCAAAGGAAAGUUCUCGUGUUGGGAUCCGGAGGUCUCACUAUCGGACAAGCCGGAGAAUUCGAUUAUUCUGGAGCCCAGGCAUUGAAGGCGUUGAGAGAGGAAGGAAUUCGGACUGUUCUCAUCAAUCCAAAUAUCGCCACUGUUCAAACUUCCAAAGGAUUCGCUGACUUCACAUAUUUCCUUCCGAUCACGAAGGAAUAUGUCACUGAUGUAAUUAAAAAGGAGCGGCCGACUGGAAUUUUGUGUGGAUUCGGAGGGCAAACUGCAUUGAAUUGUGCCAUUGAUUUGUACAAAGAUGGAAUCUUCGAGCAGUAUGAUGUGCAAGUUCUUGGAACUCAAAUCACGACAAUCAUGAAGACGGAAGAUCGUGACUUGUUCAAUCAGGAAAUUUCAGCUGUCGGAGAGAAAGUUGCACCAAGUAAAGCGGCUACAACAAUGGAAGGAGCUAUCGAGGCAGCUGAGGAGCUCGGAUACCCAGUUCUUGUACGAGCUGCUUAUGCGUUGGGAGGACUUGGCUCCGGAUUCGCCGACAAUCGUGAAGAACUCGUGGCGAUUGCUCAACAGGCGUUGGCUCAUUCGAAUCAAGUUCUCGUUGACAAGAGUUUGAAAGGAUGGAAAGAAGUGGAGUAUGAAGUUGUUCGAGAUGCUUAUGACAACUGUAUUACUGUGUGUAAUAUGGAAAAUGUCGAUCCAUUGGGAAUUCAUACUGGAGAGAGUGUCGUCGUUGCCCCCUCACAAACACUGUCGGAUAAAGAGUACAAUGCGUUGAGAACGUGUGCGAUUAAAGUGAUUCGACACUUGGGAAUUAUUGGAGAAUGUAAUAUUCAAUAUGCAUUGGAUCCCAAUUCGCUUACGUACUACAUCAUUGAAGUCAAUGCUCGUCUCUCUCGUUCCUCAGCUCUUGCCUCAAAAGCAACUGGAUAUCCAUUGGCUUACGUCGCUGCAAAACUCGCUCUUGGACAACAUCUUCCAGUCAUUCGUAACAGUGUCACUGGUACCACAACUGCCUGUUUUGAGCCAAGUCUCGACUAUUGUGUCGUGAAGAUUCCACGUUGGGAUCUCGGAAAGUUCGCUCGAGUCAGCACUCAAAUCGGAAGUUCGAUGAAAUCUGUCGGAGAGGUGAUGGGAAUCGGACGAUGUUUUGAGGAAGCACUUCAGAAGGCGUUAAGAAUGGUCUCGGAUCAUGCGGAUGGAUUCUCUCCGUACACUUUCAGUCGUCCACCGACUUCUGAUGACUUGGAGAAGCCGACUGAUAAGAGAAUGUUCGCUUUGGCACGUGGAAUGUAUUAUGGAGAUUUUGAUGUGGAGAAGGCUCAUGCGUUGACUGCAAUUGACAAAUGGUUCUUAUUUAGAAUGCAGAAUAUUGUAGAUAUCUAUCAUAAGUUGGAGAAGAAUGAUGUGAAUACAGUGUCUGCUGAGUUGUUGUUGGAAGCAAAGCAAGCAGGAUUCUCUGAUAGACAGAUUGCGAAGAAGAUUGGAAGCAACGAAUACACUGUCCGCGAGGCUCGUUUCGCCAAGGGAAUCAAACCAUGUGUGAAACAAAUCGACACAGUCGCUGGAGAAUGGCCUGCUCAAACCAACUAUCUCUACACCACAUUCAAUGGAGUCGAGAACGACGUUCCGUUCAAUAUGAAGAAUGCAGUGAUGGUCCUCGGAUCAGGAGUCUACCGUAUCGGAUCUUCAGUUGAAUUUGACUCAUCUUGUGUCGGAUGUAUUCGUGAAUUGAAAGCACUCGGAUAUUCUACAAUUACAGUCAAUUGUAAUCCAGAAACUGUCUCCACUGAUUAUGAUAUCUGCGAUCGAUUGUAUUUCGAGGAGAUCUCAUUUGAAACUGUACUUGAUGUGUAUCAUCUCGAACAACCAAAAGGAGUGAUUCUGGCAUUCGGAGGGCAGGCGCCGAACAAUAUUGCGAUGAGUUUGAGUAGAGCUCAAGUGAAGAUCUUCGGAACAUCACCGAAUGAUAUCGAUAACGCCGAGGAUCGAUUCAAGUUCUCGAGAAAGUUGGAGUCGUUGAAGAUCAGUCAGCCACAGUGGAAGAAGAGUGAGAAUAUGGAGGAUGCGAAGAAGUUUGCUGAUCAGGUCGGCUACCCAUGCCUUAUUCGUCCAUCCUACGUUCUCUCUGGAGCCGCAAUGAACGUCGCUCACAACGCAGAAGACCUCGAAGUAUUCCUGAAACAAGCUGCCGUCGUCGCCAAGGAGCAUCCAGUUGUUGUCAGUAAAUUCAUCAAUGAAGCCAAGGAAUUGGAUGUGGACGCAGUUGCAAUGGAUGGAAAAUUGGUUGUGAUGGCUAUCAGUGAGCACAUUGAAAAUGCGGGUGUCCACUCGGGAGACGCCACUUUGGUCACUCCAGCACAGGAUAUGAACAAGUUGACAUUGGAUAGAAUCAAGGAUAUCACUUAUAGAAUUGCUGAGGCAUUCAAUGUGAAUGGUCCAUUCAAUAUGCAAUUAAUUGCCAAGAAUAACGAGUUGAAAGUGAUUGAAUGCAACUUGAGAGUCUCUAGAUCCUUCCCAUUCGUCUCGAAAACUCUCGAUUAUGAUUUCGUGGCUCUUGCGACGAGAGCAAUGAUGGCUGAGGACUCCCCGGCAAUCCGAGCAACUAUCAAACCAACUGCCACACUACUCAAAGGAAAAGGACGUGUUGGAGUGAAAGUUCCCCAAUUUUCGUUCUCUCGUUUGGCUGGUGCUGAUGUGAUGCUUGGUGUCGAAAUGGCGUCGACUGGAGAAGUCGCUUGCUUUGGAACGUCGAGAUGUGAUGCUUAUCUGAAAUCUCUGCUGUCGACUGGAUUCGUGGUUCCGAAACGCAAUAUUUUCAUCUCGAUUGGUGGAUAUCAUGCGAAGGCGGAGAUGUUAAAAUCGGUGGAGACGUUGCAGAAGUUGGGAUUCGAUUUGUACGGAUCGAAAGGAACCGCCGACUACUUCCAAUCCAAUAAGAUCAAUGUGAAACCAGUGGAUUGGCCAUUUGAAGAAGGAUCAUCCGAUGAGAAAACCGCCAGUGGCACUCGUUCCGUCGUUGAAUUCCUCGAGAACAAAGAAUUCCACCUUGUCAUCAAUCUUCCAAUCCGUGGAUCUGGUGCUUAUCGUGUGUCUGCAUUCCGUACUCAUGGAUACAAAACUCGUCGAAUGGCAAUUGAUAAUGGAAUUCCAUUGAUUACUGAUAUCAAAUGUGCGAAGACUUUUGUCCAAGCACUGAAUAUGGUCGGACGUCGUCCAACAAUGAAUUCACUCGUCGAUUGUGUCUCAUCGAAGAGUUUGAAGAGACUCCCUGGAAUGGUUGAUAUCCAUGUUCAUGUCAGAGAACCUGGAGCAACUCACAAGGAAGACUGGGCCACCUGCUCUCGUGCUGCACUUGCUGGAGGUGUCACCACUAUCCUUGCCAUGCCGAACACCGCUCCACCACUCGUUGACUCUGAUUCUUACCAUCAAACCGAGCUAUUGGCUAGUGCUAAAUCUGUUGUGGACUACGCCUUGUAUAUCGGAGCGACCCCAACCAAUUCCAAGUUCGCUGCAGAGUUUUCUGAUAAGGCUGCAGGUCUGAAAAUGUAUCUGAAUGAGACGUUCAGCACUCUGAAAAUGGAUAAUAUCUCGGAUUGGGCGAAGCACUUUGCAGCGUUUCCUGCCAAUCGACCAAUCGUUUGUCAUGCUGAAAAACAGACACUUGCUGCUGUUCUCUGUGUUGCUCAAAUGGCAAAUCGAGCUGUUCAUAUUGCUCACGUCGCGACGGCGGACGAGAUUCAAUUGAUCAAGGAGGCGAAACAAAAAGGAUGGAAGGUGACUUGUGAAGUGUGUCCCCAUCAUUUGCUUCUCACUGAACAAGAUCUUCCGGAUGGAAUCAGAGAGGUUCGACCACGUCUCGUGAAGCCAGAAGAUCGACAGGCUCUCUGGGAUAACAUGGAGUAUAUCGACUGCUUCGCCACAGAUCACGCUCCGCACACAUGGGCUGAAAAGACUGGAAAUGGAAAGGAUGGAAAGAUUCCACCUGGAUUCCCUGGUGUUGAGUAUAUGCUUCCACUGCUUCUGACUGCUGUCCACGAGGGAAAACUGACGAUGAAGGAUUUGAUUGAUAGAAUGUCGGUGAAUCCACGCAAAAUCUUCAAUUUGCCAGCACAAGAUGACACGUAUAUCGAGGUGGAUUUGAAUGAGGAGUGGACGAUUCCAGAGAAUGGAGGACAGAGUCGUGCUGGAUGGACACCGUUUGCUGGGCGUAAGGUUCACGGACGAGUGCAUAAUGUGGUGAUUCGUGGAGAAGAAGUCUUCGUUGAUGGAAGAAUCGUUGCUACACCUGGAUUCGGAAAGAACCUCCGUCUCUACCCCCACUCCACAAGUGCUGCCCAUCUCGAAGAUCAAGAUGACAUUACUCUCGAGCCAGUCUCGGAGAACUCAUCAGAUGAGCAAAGCCCACUUCCAACACCACCAAGAGCUCACUCGCCGAUCGCGUUCCCUGGAGAACUUCUCGCAAAAAACUGUAUUAGUGUGAAGAAUUUGGAUAAGGGACAAAUCAAUCGAAUCUUCGAAUUGGCUGACAGAUAUAAGCACGACGUUGAGAAGAGCCACCCGUUGACACACAUUCUGAAUGGAAAAGUGUUGGUCAACUUGUUCUACGAGGUCUCGACCCGAACUUCAUGCUCAUUCCAAGCAGCAAUGCAACGUCUCGGUGGAUCUGUGAUCUCUGUCGAUUCACAAUCAUCAUCUGUUCAGAAAGGAGAGACUCUUGAGGAUACUGUACACGUUUUGGGAAGUUAUGGAGAUAUUCUUGUGUUGAGAUCGAAAGAAAACGGAGCUGCCGAGCGAGCUGCCCGUGUUUGUGAUCAACCGGUGAUUAAUGGAGGUGAUGGUACUGGUGAGCAUCCGACACAGGCGCUUCUCGAUGUUUAUACAAUUCGUCAAGAGAUGGGAACAGUCAAUGGAUUGACGAUUGCUUUGGUUGGAGACUUGAAGAAUGGACGGACUGUGCAUUCGUUGGCCAAGUUGUUGUGUUUGUAUAAGGACAUCACCCUCCACUACAUUGCUCCAUGCUCCGAUUUGGAAAUGCCACAAGACGUCAUUGACUACGUCUCAUCGAAAGCCAACUUCACGCAAAAGAAGUUCUCAUCGCUGUCCGAAGGAAUAAGCCACGUGGAUGUUGUCUAUGUGACACGUAUUCAAAAAGAGAGAUUCACAUCUGAAAGUGAAUAUCAGAAAGUGAAGGGAAGCUAUGUGAUCAAUGCGAAAUUGUUGAACGAAGCAGCCAGAGACGUCGACGAACAACAAUCGAAUCUUCUCGUUCCAACACGUUCUCUCCCAAUUGUGAUGCAUCCGAUGCCACGUGUCGAUGAGAUUGCUGUCGAGUUGGAUCAUGAUGAGCGUGCCGCCUAUUUCAGACAAGCGAAGAAUGGAAUGUUCGUCCGGAUGUCCAUUUUGUCACUUCUUCUCGGAAAGGGACAUCUUUAA